AUGGGGCUCUUCAAACGCAAUUCCAAGACCGAAGAUACCGAAAAUGGAUCAUUUGUUUCAGUCAACAGCGCAAGGAUAUCAAAUACAUCCUUGAGAUCACCAGCAUACAAAGGCAGUGGACCACCAGCCUCAAUCCCUGAAAUAUCCAUCGCAAGACCACCAGACCCAGCAUUGGACCCCGCCGCAUAUCUACGAAGCAUCCAUGCAGUCCGGGAACGAUCCAACAUCAUCUUGAACAAAGCUAAAAAGAACCAACUCAACCAUUUCGAUGUCGAUUUGUCCAAAUUCGAAGCCACGGCUUCCUAUGUCGUCUCGAUCAUUAAGAGAGAUUAUGCGCCAGACUAUGGGAGUAUCCCGCCACAUGGCCGCUGGCAGCAUUUCGACGUCGGCGGGAGACCGCGUGUCAACCAACUUUUGCAGUCGUGGCCCAGUCGCAUUGAUGCGCAAGAGCGCACGCGCCGCUUAAUUGACCUAUUCGUUGUUUCUGUGCUGCUUGAUGCCGGUGCAGGCAAUAAAUGGUCGUAUCGCUCCAAAGAGUCUGGGAAGGUCUAUUCGCGCAGUGAGGGCCUUGCCGUGGCCAGUUUGGAGAUGUUUAAGUCGGGGCUUUUCAGCAGCGACCCGACGGAGCCCUGCCAGGUUGAUGGUGCCGGGUUGAAGAAGCUUACGGCUGAUGUGCUCGCUAAGGGGAUGCAACAUUCUGAUCAGAAUCCUCUGGCGGGCAUUGAGGGCCGCACGGGCUUGCUGGUGCGGCUCUCUGAGGCCCUUAACAACCAAGAAUUCUUCGGUGUUGAUGCUAGACCGGGAAAUAUGCUAGAUUAUCUUCUUGGUCACCCAUCAACGCUCGCUUCUUCCGUCCCUAUUGUACCGAUCACAACCCUGUGGUCUGUGCUGAUGGAUGGAUUCUCUCCGAUCUGGCCUUCAUCCCGAACACAGAUUGAUGGCGUACCCAUUGGAGAUGCGUGGAAGUGCUCAGAUCUCCCACAAUCUCCGCCUGCGCAGCAGUGGGAAAGCAUCGUCCCAUUCCAUAAGCUGACACAAUGGCUCUGCUACUCGAUCAUGGUCCCGAUGUCUAAAUUGAUGAAUAUUCACAUCGCCGGCAGCGAUCUCUUGACUGGACUCCCAGAAUAUCGAAACGGAGGUCUUCUGAUCGAUCUAGGACUCUUGAGUCUGAAACCAGACGACAUGCAACGCGGAAUCGAUGCAUAUAAGGAUAAUGCACGAAUCAAGGGUCAACCUAAUGUCGAGGUUGCUCCGCUGUUCUCCGCCGACGACGACGUAAUCGUCGAAUGGCGAGCUGUUACCGUUGGAUUCCUAGACGAGCUUUUAGAAGAGGUCAACUCUCAACUGGGGCUCAAAGGGUCCGGAGAGCAACUUUCCCUUGCGCAAAUGCUUGAGGCUGGUACUUGGAAGGGUGGUCGCGAAAUUGCGGAAGUCUCGAGACCCAACACCAAGGAACCUCCCAUCAUGAUACGAUCUGACGGCACUGUCUUCUAA